GGAAGUUAAAGUGUUAGUGUAACUGUGAUGUUCAUCACUUCAGCUCAAGAACUAACAAACUCUGUCUCUUCUCCAGGUGAUCUUUCAUAGAGAUGAGCAUAAAGAUGAAAUCAACCGAGAAACUCAUCAUCGUUUGUUUUCUGUUUGAAGCUGUUUUGUGCAGUGAAUUCUCCAUCAGUCUACCAGAGAGUGUAGAAGCUCUGAGAGGACUCUGUGUUCUCAUACCCUGCAGCUUUCAGAUUAAUAAAGAAUAUGAUGCACAGCUCCAGGGAAAUGCUACAGGAAUCUGGACAAAAGACAGCCAUGACCAUCAAACAAACACAGUCUUUAACUCUAAAAUCCCUGAACAGAACAAGAUUAAAGGUGAAGUUAUAGGAGACCUCCGCAAGAAGAACUGCACCACCAUCUUCUACAACAUCAGUGAGAGUGACAGAGGAGUUUAUUACUUUAGAAUAGAGACUUCAGGAUCCCUGAAAUACACUUAUCAUUCUUCAUCAGUAUCUGUAAGAGUGCGAGACUCAAUAAGACUGUAUAAGGAGGAUCAGGGGGAGGUGGAGGACCAAGAUGAGGUGGUGGAGGGAACUUCAGUGAGGAUCAUCUGCUCUGCUCCAUCUCCUCCAUGUCUCUUAAACCCUCCCACUUUUACAUGGAACCUCCUGCCUGAGGAGAGAAGACAGGAGCAGAACCACAACACCACCUUCAGCUCCUCUCAGCUGAACUUUAACGCUACGCACCUGCAUCAUGGACAGGAUUUCACCUGCACUGCCACCUACUGGCUCCAGAACAAAACUAUAUCAGUACAGAGCUCUCUUACACUCCAUGUUCUGUAUGGUCCUAGAAACACAUCAGUAUCAGCAUCUCCAUCUGCUUCAGUAGUUUUGGGCAGUUCAGUGUCUUUGAGUUGCAGCAGUGAUGCAAACCCAUCAGUGGUGAACUACACCUGGUACAGAGCGAAGGAAGAGCAGAUAGGAACCGGAGACCAUCUCACCAUCAACACCACUGAUUCUACACACAGUGGUUUAUACUACUGUAGAGCUCAAAACCAGCAUGGAAAUCACAACUCAUCUGUCUACCUGGAUGUACUGUAUGGUCCUAGAAACACAUCAGUAUCAGCAUCUCCAUCUGCUUCAGUGGUUUUGGGCAGUUCAGUGUCUCUGAGUUGCAGCAGUGAUGCAAACCCAGCAGUGCUGAACUACACCUGGUACAGAGAGAAUGGAGAGCAGAUAGGAACCGGAGACCAUCUCACCAUCAUCACCACUGAUUCUACACACAGUGGUUUAUACUACUGUAGAGCUCAAAACCAGCAUGGAGAUCAGAACUCAUCUGUCUACCUGGAUGCUCAGUAUGGUCCUAGAAACACAUCAGUAUCAGCAUCUCCAUCUGCUUCAGUGGUUUUGGGCAGUUCAGUGUCUCUGAAUUGUAGUAGUGUUGCAAACCCAUCAGUGGUGAACUACACCUGGUACAGACAGAACAGAGAGCAGAUAGGAACCGGAAACCAUCUCACCAUCAACACAACUGAUUCUACACACAGUGGUUCAUACUACUGUAGAGCUCAAAACCAGCAUGGAGAUCACAACUCAUCUGUCUACCUGGAUGUUCAGUAUGGUCCUAGAAACACAUCAGUAUCAGCAUCUCCAUCUGCUUCAGUGGUUUUGGGCAGUUUAGUGUCUCUGAGUUGCAGCAGUGAUGCAAACCCAUCAGUGGUGAACUACACCUGGUACAAAGAGAAAAGAGAGCAGAUAGGAACCGGAGACCAUCUUACCAUCAACACCACUGAUUCUACACACAGUGGUUUAUACUACUGUAGAGCUCAAAACCAGCACGGAGAUCAAAACUCAUCUGUGUACCUGGAUGUACAGUAUGGUCCUAGAAACACAUCAGUAUCAGCAUCUCCUUCUGCUUCAGUGGUUUUGGGCAGUUCAGUGUCUCUUAAAUGUACUAGUGUUGCAAACCCAUCAGUGGUGAACUACACCUGGUACAAAGAGAACAGAGAGCAGAUAGGAACUGGAGACCAUCUCACCAUCAACACCACUGAUUCUACACACAGUGGUUCAUACUACUGUAGAGCUCAAAACCAGCAUGGAGAUCACAACUCAUCUGUCUACCUGGAUGUGCAGUAUGGUCCUAGAAACACAUUAGUAUCAGCAUCUCCAUCUGCUUCAGUGGUUUUGGGCAGUUCAGUGUCUCUGAGUUGCAGCAGUGAUGCAAACCCAGCAGUGCUGAACUACACCUGGUACAGAGAGAACGGAGAGCAGAUAGGAACCGGAGACCAUCUCACCAUCAACACCACUGAUUCUACACACAGUGGUUUAUACUACUGUAGAGCUCAAAACCAGCAUGGAGAUCACAACUCAUCUGUCUACCUGGAUGUACAGUAUGGUCCUAGAAACAUAUUAGUAUCAGCAUCUCCAUCUGCUUCAGUGGUUUUGGGCAGUUCAGUGUCUCUGAGUUGCAGCAGUGAUGCAAACCCAGCAGUGCUGAACUACACCUGGUACAGAGAGAACGGAGAGCAGAUAGGAACCGGAGACCAUCUCACCAUCAACACCACUGAUUCUACACACAGUGGUUUAUACUACUGUAGAGCUCAAAACCAGCAUGGAGAUCACAACUCAUCUGUCUACCUGGAUGUACAGUAUGCUCCUCAGCUCUCUCUCUCCUCCAGCUGUAACAAGACUCAGGAUUUGAUUAUGUGUAUCUGUGAGGUUAAUGGAAAUCCAUCUCCUAAACUGGAAUGGCGUCUCUCCAAUCAAACUGUACUGUCUUCACAUACUGGUCCCAUCCAAGUCAUGUCUCUGGGCAACAUGAGUUUAAAAAGAUCAAUUUCAUUUUCUAUUCCACAGUCAGUUAAGGACACACCCACUCUACAUUGUGUUGGCUCCAAUCAUCUGGGCAUUGCUUCUCAGGUCUUCUUCUUAACAUUCAAGGCUCAGUGUCCUGCUGCAGUUUCAGGUGUGAAUAUUUCCUCUGUGCUGAUUGGUGCUGUAGUUGGAGCGUUACUAAUGAUGAUCCUGGGUGGGAGUUUCCUGGGUGUAAAAAAAUUAAAUCAUUUUGAAAGAGAAACUACAGUGGGAUUGCCAUUAAAUGAGAAGAAGGAAGACGGAGAGUCUGUGUAUGUGAACAGAACAGAUUUAUCAGGGUCGCUCCAAUACUCCACUGCGGUAGUUCCACAUGGAACAGGAAAUGACAUCAGAGGAGUGUCUUCAGUCAGAGAGACAGUGGGUGGGACAGGAGAAGCAGCACUCGAGGAGGUUAAGGAAACCUCCCUGAUCAAUAUGGACAGUAUAAUGAUGCAAAACUCAGCAGAGGAGGAGGUAUUGUACGGAAAUAUCACACGUCAGACAGAAAUAAAGCAAACUCAGGUCAGUUUGGAUAAAAAUGAUGGUAAGGUUGAGGAUGAUGAUGAAAUUAGAAAGUCUAAAGAAAAAGAAGAGGCUGAAGGCAAAGCAUCAGAGCAGCUUAAAGAGUCAGAUGGAGCUGAAUGCAUUUACGCACAAGUUAAACUUCAUAAACAUGAAAAUAAAUAAAUAAAUAAAUAAGUUUAGUGUUUAAAACCACUGUUCAGAUGUUCAGGGUACAAACUAUGAGUCUAAGUUUUUUUUUUUUUUAUAUAUAUACAUUUAUUAUUUCACAUAUACAUUAUAUAUUUUACAUACACUCUGCCUGAGAAUAAAAGUCACCAUUUCAGCAGAUUCAAUUUAUUGGACUAAAAACAAUGAAGAGUUGAAAUUAUUGGAAUUCGGUUAAGAAUUAUUAAUUAAAACCUCCUAGUACUUUGCUGAGCCCUUAAGAUUGUGUAAAAAAUGUGUUCAGAAAAAAAUCAUGAAUGGAGCGCACAUAAAUGCUUAGUAAAGAUGCAAAGGUCAUGUGACCUGAUGAGUCUGGAUUGGGUCUAUACCAGAGCAAUGGGCGUGUCAGGGUAAUAAGGAACAGCAAUGCACCCAUCAUGCAUAGUGUCCACUGUACAAGCCACAGUGUUAUGAUCUGGGGUUGAUCAGUUACUCAGGUCUAGACUCAGUAACGUUAUGGGGCAAUAAAAUGAAGUCGGCUGACCACCUGAAUGUACUGAACCACCAGAGGAUCACAUCUAUGGAGGGUUUCUUCUUCCCUAAUGGCACAGACAUAUUCCAGGACUCCAGGAGUGUGAGAGAGUGACUCUGGGAGCACAAGGAAUCAUUUUCACGAAUGAAUUUGCCACCAUGUAAAGUAUUAUAAUAAUAAUAAUAAUAAUAAUAAUAAUAAUAAUAAUAAUAAUGAUAAUAAUAAUGAUAAAGAUAAAAAUAUUUAAAAAUAACAAUGCUUCAUACACAAACUCUCAAUUUUGCUUUGUAAAAAAGAAAUGCUUCAUCUUUAAAAUUAUGAUGUCAGUUUUUUUAUUUGCUCUGGUGGACAAGCCAAAGAUAAUAUCUGUUUUGACUUCCAAACCAAAAUUUUGGAUGGAUUUUGCUUCGUCAUGUGAAGCAGUUUCGGGAUACGAGUGAUGAAGCCGGUCGUGCGUAUUUCCAGUAGCAGGUCUAAACUUGUUUGUGUCAGUGGAAAGCCAAGAGAAGCUAAUUUACAUAUUGUUUUAGUUUUUUUGGAUUCUUUUUUGCAAGAAUAAUAAGGACAUAGCACCCCGGCUCCUCAGAAUGUUCGUAACGCUCAUAUUAAUGAAAUAAUUGGCAUUACACAAACACAGGACUUCUAUCUCAUCUUUUGUUUUAAUAAAAAGAACAAGAACAUGAAAGACACACAAACAACACUUAAAAUGGCGAUCUCAAAUGUAUAUUAUACAAAACAGACACUGCAGUGCACAAAAUACAGCUAUUUACGACUAUAUACUAAAUAUUUUGGUGUGUAUGUGAUUGGAGGUAUAGACCCAAGUCCUGUAUAAUUUAUGUGUGCGCGCGUGG